AUGAUCAGUUCCAAGAAGAUGGAUAGAAUCAGCAAUCUACCAGAAGCUCUGAUUAGCCACAUAUUGUCAUUCCUCCCCACAGAAGAGUCUGCUUUGACUUCAGUUCUCUCUAAAAAGUGGCGGUAUCUGUUUGCUGACAGACCAAACCUUGACUUCGAUGGCUCGGGCAUACGUUCUCAUCCUGAUACGUGUGAAUGGGAAAUGGCUGACACUCUGAGAGUCUUUACUCGUUUUGUGGAUAGAGUGUUGGUGUUGCAAGGGAACUCCACUUUAGACGAUUUCUCUUUAAAGUGUGGACAUGGUGUUGAUCCAGUCUGUGUCACAAACUGGAUACUAAAUGUGUUGGAACGUGGUGUAUCGGAUCUUGAUUUACACUUCAACCUGGUUGGAGUUUGUCUCCCUUCAGAGGUCUUUAUGAGCAAGUCACUGGUGAGGCUGAGGAUAGAAUCCCAAAACGUUAUACCCAUGGAAGUGGAAGAUGUGUUUCUUCCAAAGCUUGAAACUCUUUACCUCAACAAAGUCAUGUUAGGUAAUUGUGGAGAUUGCUUUGAAAAGGUUACUUCUGGUUGUCACGUCCUUGAAGAGUUAGUUCUGAUUAAUGUCUACUCUGAUUUUUGGAACCGUUCUGUGUCUUCCAAAACCCUCAAGAGACUGAUCCUAUCUUGUAUAGACUAUGAUAAAAAUCCUGAUAGCGUUUCAUUUGAUACGCCCAAUGUUGUCUUCUUGGAGUACUAUGAUUACGUAGCGGGCAAGUAUCCAAAGGUCAAGUUUAAUUCACUUGUUGAAGCUAGUAUCGACCUUGCAAUGACAAGUGAGCAGCAUGGACUUGCAAGCUAUGAACAUUUGGUGGGCGAUGUAACAGAUUUUCUCAUGGGAAUACGCAAUGUUCAGACCCUUAACAUAUCUGCCAACACUCUUGAGGUUCUUACUUUCUGCUGUGAUCAUAUACCUGUAUUCCACAACAUGAUUGGUUUAACUAUUCAGACACGCAAAUCAGGAUGGGAAUCAUUGCCUACUUUAUUCAAGAAAUGUCCAAAUCUUGAAACCUUGGUGUUUGAUGGACUCAGCCACACAUUUACAGUCAAGUGUAUGGAUGUUGAUGGGUGCCUAUGCAAGUUUUCAGGGGAGGUUCCUACUUGCUUAUCAUCAAGUCCAGUGAAGGUUUUGAAGAUUCUGAGAUUUGGUGAUUCUGGUGUAGAAAAAGAGACAGAUAUUAUCAAGCACUUCCUAGAGACAAUGCCGCAGCUUGAACAGCUGAUGAUAUACUACGAUACAUUGUUUGAUGAUAGUGUGAUUGAACUGUCAAGUGAACUUAAGAGCUUUCCUACAAAAGCUUCACCAAGUUGUGAGAUCCAAGUAAUCUUUGGUGACCCCAGCAGCUAAACCAAGAUUCUCUCCUCUUGUUUCUACCUUUUUGCUUUCAAGUUUUUGUGACUUUGUGUUUGAUGAUUUGUGCUUUUUAUUGAGACUGCUGGAUUAUCUUUGGCUUUUCUUUUUGGUUCUUAGUUUGAGUGGCUUU